AUGACUGUCGCUAAACGUCAUGUCGUUAUGAUCGACAAUUACGACUCGUUCACUUGGAACUUGUACCAGUUCUUGUGCCAGCUGCCACGAUGCGGUAAGGUGGAUGUGUUCAGAAAUGAUCAGAUCACUCUUGAACAGUUGGAUGCCCUCAACCCCGAUAUUUUAUUCAUCUCUCCCGGUCCUGGACAUCCCACUACAGAUCUGGGCAUAUCGCGGGAUGUCAUCCGUCAUUUCAUGGGAAAAAAGCCUAUUUUCGGCGUCUGUAUGGGUCUUCAAUGCAUUUUUGAUGUGUUUGGAGGUGAAGUGCUGUACGCUGGGGAGAUUGUUCACGGAAAGACUACCACAAUCAAGCAUGACGAUAAGGGGAUGUUCCAUCAAGUACCCCAGCUGGUGGCCGUCACCCGAUACCAUUCGUUGGCUGGUACCCAUGGUCUGUUGCCCCUGUGCCUUGAAGUGACUGCCACUACUGAAACUAACCCGGAAAUUAUCAUGGGUGUGCGUCAUAAGCAAUACGCUAUUGAAGGGGUUCAAUUUCAUCCGGAACUGAUCUUAACAGAGGCGGGGCAAACCAUGAUUGAUAAUAUUUUGCUGGUUGAAGGUGGUGAGUGGGGGUCCGCCACCAGUAAGCCAUCAGCAAAUAUUCUUGAAAUGAUCUACAAUCAGAGAAAGCAAGACUACGCCAUCAUAGAAUCGUUACCUGGUAAGCUGAUGUCUCUGCUUGAGCAACUGCUUAAAUUCAAUGGCACUGCUCCCCCUGUGAUUGAUUUCUAUCAGAGAUUGCGGAAGAAUCUUGAUAUCAAUAAAACUAACAUCUUGGCAGAAUUCAAAAGGGCUCUGCCACUGAAGGGUGAUAUCAAUAUUGAUGCACAUGCCGUUACUCAAGGCGUGGCGUACGCCUUGAAUGGUUGUGCUGCCAUCCUGGUUCUCACGGAGCCGAAAUGGUUCAAGGGGUCAUUGGAAGACCUUGUGCUUAUUCGUCGAGCGGUGGAAGCUCCUCAAGGUGUGACAAAAGAUUAUCAGCGUCCUGCCAUUCUCCGGAAAGAGUUUAUCUUCAACAAAUACCAGAUUGCUGAGGCUCGUCUCGCCGGUGCAGACACCGUUUUAUUGAUUGUCAAGAUGUUGAAAGAUAAUUUGCUUCAAGAACUUUACGAGUAUAGUCACUCGCUUGGAAUGGUGCCGCUUGUGGAAAUCAAUAAUGAAGACGAACUUCAAAGGGCUUUGCAUCUCUCGGUGAAUAACACGAAGAAUGAACCAUUGAUUUUGGGUGUCAAUAACCGCAAUCUCGAAAAUUUUGAUGUUGACUUAAACACCACCAGCAGGUUGAUCGAGGCGGCUAAAGCUUCUUCAAAUGGCCGCGGCGGUCCUGUGUUGGUGUUGGCGUUACUGGGAAUUUCCAAAGAGAAUGAAGUUGCCCACUACAAACGUGAAGGAGUUGACGGUUUUCUUAUCGGCGAGCUGUUAAUGAGAGCUGAGGCCGAGGGACGCGUUGGCAACUUCAUGAAUACAUUAAUUAACUGCUGA